AUGAAUUCUAAUUAUGUACUCAAUUCCCGAAUCCCAGUACAACUUGCGAAUUUAACUUCACUUUCUAAUCUCUACUUGUCUACUUGUGGAUUACAAGGUUCUGUACCUUAUCUUCCUCAGCUGAAAGUGCUCGAUGUUAGUGAUAAUCCUCGUCUUAAUCCUGAUCUAACUAGGAUGUUUCAACAUCAGUGGCCUAAGCUUCAAAAACUCAGCAUAUCAUAUACUAAUAUAAGCGGAUCAAUUUCAAAUGCACCGAUGUUGGUCAGUCUUGAUGCUGCUGGUUGUUCAAUUCAAGGAUCUUUGCCUUCUUGGAUCUACAAUCUAAAGCUCCUAACUAAUCUCGACUUGUCUUACAAUAAAUUCCAAGGAUCCAUACCAAAAUCAAUGUCCAAUCUAAAGCUCCUAACCAAUCUAGACUUGUCUUACAAUAAUUUCCAAGGAUCCAUACCAAAAUCAAUAUCCAAACUAAAAUUCCUAACUAUUCUGAGAUUGUCUGAUAAUAAUUUCCAAGGAUCCAUAACAAGUUCAAUAUGUGAGCUUAUUUCUCUUCGAACACUUGAUUUAGGAAGUAAUAAUAUAACAGGAACCAUACCAAGCUGCAUAUCGAAUCUUCAUAAUCUUAGAGUUUUUUCUGUCUAUAAUAACUCAAUUGAGGGAAGCGUUUCAUUGAAAUCUCUGAUUAACGAUCUAAACCUAAUAGCCAUAGAUCUGAGAUCAAAUAGGCUUACUGUAGAUAUUGAUCAAAAUUUCAGUUUGUACUCUAAAUUCAAACUAGAGUCUCUGUCUUUGAAAUCUUGCAAUCUAAAAGGAUUCUUCCCUCUUUUCAUAUGUAAAUUGAGUCAUCUAAAGUCUUUGGACUUGUCUCAUAAUAACCUGACAGGAGUUAUCCCUUCUUGUAUCUCAAAACUCAAAAAUCUCGAUUCAUUUGAUGUAUCGCACAACCAACAUUACGGUCCUCUGCCUCUUCCACCUCAAACGGUCCUCUACCGAUUUUCUUUUGAUAUAUCGAAUAAUAAACUCAGUGGUAAAAUCUCAAUAGAAGUUGGAAGAAGACUAUCUAAUUGUGUCGUCAUAAAUCUAGCUGGGAAUCAACUUUCGGGUUCAAUUCCCUCUUCUAUAUGUUCAAAAAGUUCAAGAUCUUCUCUUCAAAUAGUUGACCUCUCAAACAACAGAUUCUCAGGGGUUAUACCAAAUACCUUAGGGUAUUGUAAGCAUCUUCAAUCACUAAACCUUGGGAGCAACGAUCUCACAGGAAAUGUUCCAAAUGAGAUUGAAAAAUUAGAAUCAUUGGGUUAUCUUCAACUGCAGGACAACCAUCUCGAUGGUACUCUUCUCAACUUCAUCAGUAAACUACCUUCGUUGGUAGUUCUUAACUUGGCGAAUAACCAAUUCGAAGGAAGUAUACCCACUGAACUAUUUGGUGCACAAUACUCUCUCUUAAGUAUCAUUUCUUUAAGGUCAAACAAGUUCAAUGGAUCAAUUCCUGAUGAAAUUAAUAAUUUGAAUCAACUGCAAAUUUUGGACUUAUCGCACAACUAUUUCUCCGGCCAUAUUCCUAAGCAAUUAGGAGGCUACUGGAUGAAUUUAACAGGCGUAUCUCAAUCUCUUAUGAAUGUGUAUGACAUUCAAUUGCAGAUGGUGAUCAAUGGGAUCAUGUUGCAAUUUGAAAAAAUAUACAGUUACACCUCGGGAUUGGAUCUAUCACGCAACAUGCUUGAUGGUAACAUUCCAACAGAGAUAGGUCGGUUAAGCGAACUUGCAAGGCUCAAUUUGUCCCACAAUCAUUUUUGGGGUAACAUACCUGCGAGUAUUGGAGAUAUGUCUAAGUUAGCUUCCCUGGACUUAAGUUUCAAUAGACUAUCUGGGCAAAUCCCACAAUCGUUAACAUCACUGGACUCUCUUGGGGUUUUUAACCUAUCUUAUAAUGAGUUGAGUGGUCAAAUUCCAAAAGGGAUUCACUUUAGCACGUUGGGCGGUGAUGGCUGGGCUUUUGUUGGGAACACAUUUUUGUGUGGAGAACCUACAAAGAAUGUUUGUGAAGUGGAAGAAGACGAUAAAAAAGACGAUCGAGAAGAUGAUCAAGAAAAUUACCAAGAAGAUACAAAUGAGAAAUUGAUAUUGUAUAGUAUUAUUUCUUUGGGGUUUAUAUUGGGAUUUUGGGGUCUAUUCUUUGUGAUGCUUAUAAAAAAGGAGAAAUGGUGGUUUCCGUAUUGGAGAUUUAUCGAUUCUACUGUAGAUGUGAUCAUAAGAUGUAUUUAA